CGUGCAUAAAAACAAGUUUAAAUUAUAAUCACCUAUCAACAAAUUUACUUCAUUUUACAGUAGAUAAAACGCAAAUAAAAUUAAUAGACGUUAUCUUCAUGUUGUAGCAAAUAAUCAUUGCAUGUUAUUUGGACUGAAAAUUUCAUCUCAGCAACCGCAUGCCAGCUGCCAUAUUCGAAUAACGUGCAGUCACAUCGAGAGAAUUGCUCAAAAUUUUCGUCAAAAAUCGCGACACAAUGGCUGAAGAGCAUUUAAUUCCCAAUGACGCGUGUUAUCACACCGAAAAAAGUCGCCACAACAUCGCCGGAGACGUCAAAGAUGUGCGCUCAAAAUAUUUAAGUUUCGCCACUGAAACGGAAGUUAAAAUCGCAGACUUGAAAAAUGCGCUUCAAAGCUGGCGUGAUGUGCUGCUUCCAUUGCACUCCAUCCUGCAAUGGGAGAAACAAUGGCAUCCCUUCAGCAUCGUCGGCUGCACCACAACCUUCUUCAUGAUGCUCUGGUUAUUGGAGCCCAGCCUUCUCACCACCAUAGCGCUCAUUUGCCUCACAAUCACCGUGAGCGAAUUCUGUGUUCCCCAUUUAUAUUCCGGUUUUCUUAUUAGACCAGAGCCAUGGACAGAGAAACACGAACAGCGCUACGAUAUGAUUUGCCGGAGUAUCGUCCUCAACAAAGAGAAGUUAUGCAUCACCUAUCGGUCCUUUUGUCUGUUGAAAUCAACAAGACAAAGAUUGUACUAUACAAUUCUAAUCAGCGCGCUGGUAUUCAUGGCGUGGCUCGGCAACAACGUGGAUAACAUGCUGCUGACCUACGCGUUGGUGACGUUCGUCUGCCUCGUGCCCGGCAUGGAAAACAAAGGUAUUCUGCGCAGAUACGGCGGGUUAUUGACGGAUAAAAUCGCCGACAUGGCCAUGACCAGUAUCAAAACCGACGCGAAGAACAAAUCCGAAUGAAUAAAAUUUAGGCGCGGGCGCAACUACAAACCAAGACCUUAAACCUUAAAGGAAGACAUUUUAUAUGAAUAAGUUAAAGAUUUAAGCGAGUUUUGAACACAUGGCGCGCAAAUGUUUUCGUAUGAAUCGUGUGACGUUCUCUUCGUUGUUAUUUUCCAAAUUAAUCUGUGUGUGUCCGGUGAAUUUCUUACAUUUUGAAUGAAACUGUGUUAAAAGAGACUGAUUGCCUACUCAAAAUAUAAAAUGUAUAAAUAUAAAGUACUAUCAAGUUGUAUAAUGAGAAACGUGUACGUAUUUUUUGAAUAAUAAGAAAAGUUGUGAUUUGA